GUAAACAGUACGUUGGCGGUUCACACCAGUUCAGAAGGUAUCUUAAAUUGCACUCGACAAUGUUGUGAAUACUUUAAAAUGCUUGAAGCCAUACUUGAUGCCUUCCAUAACGUGUAAAGUAAGAAGUUAGCCUGUGUUAAAAAGUGGUGAUCCCUGCAGAUUACCAAGGCAUCCAGUCUCCCAGCAAGUGCCAAGAGGCAUUCAUUCAAUGCUCCGCUGACACCAAUUUGCCCAAAGAAUAUUUAUGUGGGAGACUCCUCAGAUUGUGGAGACCCCAGAUUGUGGAGGCUCCUGGGCAGCUGGUCUUUUUGUGGACUCCUAAAUCUGGCAGUGAACAAAAUUCUCUCUCUCUCUCUCUCUCUCUCUCUCUCUCUCUCUCUCUCUCUCUCUCUCUCUCUCUCUCUCUCUCUCUCUCUCUCUCUCUCUCUCUCUCUCUCUCUCUCUCUCUCUCUCUCUCUCUCUCUCUCUCUCUCUCUCUCUCUCUCUCUCCUCAACUCUCAGCCACUGGAUGGUAUAUCAGUUCACACAGCAAGAAGCCAAGGACCCACCGAGGCUGUCACUUGGAAGAGGUCAUUGUUGUUGCAUCCAGCAUCCCAGCCUGACUGCCUAGACAGGUCCCGCAGGUUGCUGAAUGGCAGAGGUGCAGGCUGCUCCACAGCAAAAUGUGAGACCAGUGUGGCAGAGUAUGAUGUGUACACAAUGAGGGACACACUGUAGCCAACCCAGUAGAUUACCCGUGCUGCACUGCUGAUUGGGUCCUCACCUUGUUGUAGGAGAGCUGACAACAUGUACCAGCCAGCAGCAACUCCCAUGCUAACAGGCUUCUCCCCCGUGGGUAUGUAGCACCUCUGGAGUCGCUCGAUGAAGAAGAGGAUGCUGGCGAGGCCUGUCGUGUUAGCCGGGAUGCGCCGGUACAGAGCUGUGUCCGUUGGGGUUGUGUAGGCAAGCAUCUUCUUGGCAAGGUCCUCGUGGGUGGCCGCAAACAGUUUACGGCUGUGGGAUGAGAACUUGUCUUGUGAAUGUGACGUUGGGAGGAGGGAAGCACAGGGGAGGAGGAGGACGAGGAGGAAGAGAGUGAAGAGUCACAAGAGGAGGAGGAAGGUGGAAAGAAAGAGGAAGGAGAGGAGGAGGAGGAAGAUGGAGAAGGAAAGGAGAAAGAUAAGAAGGAAGGCAAUGUAGAAUGGAGGCGUCCUUGGUUUAUGUUCAGUAAAGCCCCGUAUUCUUGUCAUGGCAAUGUAGAAUGGAGGCGUCCUUGGUUUAUGUUCAGUAAAGCCCUGUAUUCUUGUCAUGGCAAUGUAGAAUGGAGACGUCAUUGGUCACAUACUGUUCUAAUGUAUGUGCACUUGCCACGCUGUUCACCAGGCAAAAGGCGUUGCAGAAAGAGCGCGAGAUCACUGUGUUGUGGGAGAAGACAGAGUCCCUUAGUGGUCAGCUGGUGACGGUCCACAACCACAGCCACUUUGAAGAGAAUGGCCUGAGCCACGACCACCUUGCUCAAGAAAAUAUCACGUUGACAGAGCUGAUUAAACAACUAGAAGAUAAGCUCAAACUUUCAAAGAUAGAAAUAAAAAACAUCACAAGACAGAAUAGUGAGCUGCAUGCACUUAUCACAGAGUAUAAAGUCACUCCCUCAGAGGAAAAAGACAAGGAUGGCACGUCUUCAUGUGAGAACUCAGAAGCUAAAUGUACAGAUACCAAGGGGAAAUUGCUGGGUCAAGUGGGUACACUGACAUCUGAGGUUAGCAGGUUGGAGAGUGAGUGCAGCAGUCUUCAGGUUCAGCUAGACUGUGAGAGGGAUAAGUAUAACAAACUGCUGGGAGAAUCUCUUGCUCAUGAAAAGUUGUCUGAAGAUGUCAUAACUGAACCAAAAGGAGAAACAACAGGAUUGGGAGGAACUGAGCUUUAACAGAAGCUGCAACAACUGCAGGAGGCUCACAGGGUCCUGGAGAGCAGGUUAACUUGCAGCAUGAAGGAGGUGGCUGAGCUGAGUGACAGGAAGUAGCAGCUUGAGCAUGCUGUAGUGCAUGAGGAGACAGAGUCCAUCGGUGACUACAUCACCAUCUACCAGUUGCAGCAAGGAGUGAUGAAGCAAUAAGCUCGAGAACGCGAGUUAGACCUUGCCAGCCUCCAUCAUGAAUGAGAGGAAAUGAAGCAAAACCACUCUGCAGCACUCAUCCUGGUGAGGUAGAACCAGUGGGACGAUGGUUCCACAUAUAUGAGGCACGGCGUCUGCGGGGCCACCUCACCUCCUCAGUUGGGGAAAGUGAAGAGGAGAGUGAGGAGGAGGAGGCUCAGGAGGUGGAGGUGGAGGAUGACAUACACUAUCUUCGCUCUCUCAACCCAGCAGACUGGAAGGACCAGGAUCAUUAUGCAGUACUGGGACUCCGAAAGCACAGGUACAAGGCCUCUGAUGAUGACAUCAAAAGAGCGUGUAAGUCCUGGUGGCAUCUGGAGCUAGAGUGUACUGAGUACCAAGUUUUAGUGCACCUGUUGUUUGAAGACUGCAUGAUGGUUCUGAGGCACCACCCAGACAAGCGGCGAGCAGCUGGGGAGGAGGUGAGGGAUGACGAUGACUACUUCACCUGCAUCACCAAAGCCUAUGAGAUUCUCGGGGACCCCAUCAAGCAAUGCUCCUGGGACUCGGUGGACCCAGAGUUUGAUGACGAGGUGCCGGCUGUCAGUGCACACAAUAAGGCAAACUUCUUCCAGAUUUUCACAGGGGUGUUUGAGUGCAAUGCUCGUUGGUCCACCCACAAGCACGUUCCUGGCUUGGGCAAACCUGAUGACACCAAACAAAAGGUUGAUCGCUUCUAUGGAUUCUGGUACGACUUUGAUUCCUGGCAAGAGUUUUCAUAUCUGGAUGAGGAGGAAAAGGAGAAGGGACAGGACCGGGAGGAGCGUCGAUGGAUAGAGAAGCAGAACAAGGUAGAGCGAGCAAGGCGUCGGAAGGAGGAGAUGGGUCGAUUGCGCAGGCUAGUUGACAAUGCAUAUGCCUGUGACCCAAGGAUAGCCAAAUUUAAAGAAGAAGACAAGGAAAGAAGACUGGCUCAGAAAAAGGCAAAAGCAGAGGCAAUCAGGCAAAAACAAGAAGAGGAGGAGAGGGUAAGGCAGGAAGCUGAGGAAGCAGAGAGAAAGAAAAGAGAAGCAGAGGAGGCAGAGCAAAGAGCAAAACAGGAGGUAGAAAAGAAGAAAAGAGAGGUGCUGAAGAAAGCAUUCAAAAAAGAGAGGAAGAUGCUGUGGACUCUCUGUAAGGACAACAGUUACUUUGCAUUAGAGGAGGGGGAGCGAGUGCAGACCAUGACAGAUGUGGAGCUGCUGUGUGAGGCACUGGUGCUGACCCGCCUGGAGGAACUCAACAAGGAACUAGCACAAGUGGCCCAGGACAAGAUGCAAGGGCGGGAGGUACUCAUGAAGGAGGUGAGUGAGGUGCGCAACAGGAUCAAAAAGGAGAGGGAGGAGGUGGCAGCAGCGGCAGCAAGGGGAGGGGGUGGAGGAGGAGGGGAAGGUUCAUCACUCAAAGUCUGGAAUCAAGAUGACCUCCAGCUGCUCAUCAAAGCCGUCAACCUCUUCCCUGCCGGCACAACAAAGAGGUGAGAGGUUGUGGCAGAGUAUAUCAACCAACACACAGCCACCAGCAUCACCAGGCUGGCCAAGGAGGUGCUCAAUAAGGCCAAGGAGCUGCAACACUCAGACAAGCACAUGAGGGAGGCAGCCAACAAGAAUGCCUACCACAGCAUGGAGAAGGCACAGGCUCGGCAGGUGAUCAGCGACACCACAGCCUCCCAGAGAUAUGACACACCACAGGAGAUGCUGGGGAUGAACACUGCUGCUUGGGGAGCUGAGGAACAGAGGUUGCUGGAGCAAGCCCUCAAGACCAUAUCCAGUCUCUACUCCUGACCGCUGGGACCGCAUUGCCAGGUGUGUCCCCAACCGAACCAAGAAAGACUGCAUGAGGCGCUUUAAGGAGAAACCUUGAGAACCCAUCUAUGUGGCCUCUGAAAAUGGUCAUGGUGAGAGAGCUGAGCAUUUCAGAAUACAGGCCAUGAUUUCACACAUGCAUCACUGCCCACCACAUACUCCAGCAGUAGCAGCAGCAGCAGACAGCUAAAUGCUGCACCACCUAUCAAGAGGAUGAAGACUGCAGCCACAUCAGAGAGGCUGGCCGUGAUUUUUAGUCUUCCUGCCACAUGUUGAGGUUCCUGCUGAUAGCCAUUUGGUUCUCAGCUUGUUCAUCAGGCCUGAUUCACACAUCUUCUGCAGGCUGUGGGAAGAAUAAGGAUUUGUAGAGAAAGAAAGUCUGGUACGGAAGAUUGAAAAGAAAUAGUCAUUGUGGAAGAAAGCUGAAGUGUAUUAUGCUUUUAUGUUGUGUAAUAAUGUAGUAGUAAAAUGCAGGCUGUAUGGAAAUGAAGGCACAUCAGGAUUUUAUAAGGAGAUUAAAUUUAACAGGAAAGAUUAAAAAGGAAUAUUGCAUCAUUGCAUGUCCCUUGCACCUUCACCUCUGACUCCCAUCCUUUGCAGUUCCAUCCCUCCAUCCACUUUCUACUUUCUCCUCAAUCUUAAUUCACACACACACACACACACACGUGCACACACACCUGUGGUCAAAUAUCUUCCUGAAGGGUGAAUUUUUUUUGCCGCCCAAUAGCAAUGCCUCCUGUGAUGUACUGGACUGGCAGUUCCUUGCUUCUGGAGGAGUCUGCAAUAUGAAGACCACGAAUGUAGUCGCUGGUUGUGACAUUCACACCUAUGAACACAUACUUACCUGCCAAGUGAUUUUUUUUUUCAUUUGUUUAACUUAAUUUUUUUUUUUUUUCAUGUAAGAGGAGGACUGGCCAAGGACAACAAAGAGCAAAAAGGAAAAAGACCCACUGACCUGCCAGUCCCAAAAGAAAGGUCAAAAAGAUCAUAAAAAAUUGGAAGAUAAGUUUUAUGAAACCCCCCUCUUGAAAGAAUCCGAGUCAUAGGAAGGAGGAAAUACAGAAGCAAGUAGGGAGUGUGGGAUUAGCUAACAGUGAGAUACUGGUGGUGGUUAUGCUAAAUUGGGAAAUGUGUGUAGCUUUAUCUAAAUGAAGAAGGAAUCUGGCUAAUUUAUCUUACCUGAUGGAAGAAUCUUAGUGUUUUCAUUUAUCAGAGGUAAGAUAUGAAGCAAAUGUUUAUAUGAUAAUUCCAAGUAUGCAUCUUUAUCAAUUAUAAGGAGAACUAAC